UAACAAGAAAUUCUUUACAGGAGGUGAUGCAAUAUAAAGGCUAACAUGUGUGCAGCAAAGGAGCCACUUCCAACUUUAGCUGGUUAUACAACAAGAGAGAGAGAUAAAAAGGACAAGUAUGCAUAUGAGGAGGAACGUGGAGUUAGAUAUGAAACAAAGAUGGAUGAGAAGGCUAAGAACAAGUUUGAUGCCGAGGUAAUGGAGCCUCUCCUUCCAACUUUAGCUGACAUUAGUUAUUUUAUAUGGGAGCCUGGACCGAGACGUCAAAUUAAAUCUGUGAGGAAGCAUGAUUCAAUAGAAAAGGCACUUCCAAGUUUAACUGGAGCUAGUGGCUGUACCAAAAGAGAUGAAAGUGCCAAGCUUGAUGCAGCAGAAGAGGGAGUUAAUUAUAAUGCAAGGAAAAGAGAGCUAAAGAUCAAGGGAGCUAGGUACACUGUGUAUAAGACAAGGAAGAGAGAUGAAAAGGUCAAGUAUGAUGCUGAGUCUUUUGCUGAUACUCUCAUUAGUAAACUGAAUGAGACUGAUGGAUCACCAGAAGCACUGUUGUCUGUUUUAGCUAAAGAGGGAGAGACACUGGACUAUCGGUGAGAAUGGAGGGAUUUAGUGAGGGAUAGGAAUAUAAUACUGGAUUUUAAUUUAGCUAUGCACCAUGUACAUGUACAAUAUACAAUGAUUUUGGAGUGGAACUAUAGACAUAUUUUAGUGAGUAGCAUUUUUUGGUGAAUUUGUUAUCUUUUACAUGUAUGUCAUGUAUGUCAUGGUAGAAUUAGAGGCUCUUUCAAUUAAAAAAAUUGUACUGUACUGUACAUUGUUUAUUUACGUACAUUGUUUAUUUACACAUA